GUAUGAUGGUUUUUAAAGAGUCAAUUUGAUAAGAAUGGUAAUUACUGUGUUUGGAUUUUGGAUAGCCGCGCUAUGAACACCAAACCGAACACUGCACUGGUAGCCGGAAGCAAAUGCAUCUUAUUCUAUUCCAUUAGAUAGGUAACAAUAAUUUAUUAUCAGGUCGAUUUGCGUUUUUAUGUGUAUUGAUAUUCUUUUGUAUUUUUAAAUAUUCAAUUUUAUGUCCGGAGAAGUGGUAUUUCAACAAACAAUAAACUCUAUAAACUUAAGUUUUAUCCUGGAAAAAUUCAUGAAUACAAUAUUCCUGAUUUUAUUUGUAUGAAUAUCAAUUUUAAGGCAUUCAACAAUAUAGCAAUUUCAAGUCGAAAGUGUGUUUGUUUUUAUGUAGAGUUGUACUUGGUGUAAAUGUUAUAUAUUAUUAUAAAUUAUAAAAAUUGUUUGCAUUAUAAGGAUGGUUGAAGAUAAACUAACACGUAUUUGCUAUAUGGAUAAUAUCGAAGAAGACAACAUGAUUCGAUAUCCCCGGCAGCGUAUUGUCGAUAUGUAUAAAAAAGCCAUGGCGCGUAUACGCGAUUUAGAAACAAAAACGAAAGAAGGUACUUAAUCUUAAAGCUAUAAAAUAAAUUACUUAACUAUGUCACAGUUAAUUAAUAUUUUUUCUACAUUACUUAAAAAGUUAUCUAGAUAAAGAAAACUUAGGUAUUAUUAACAUAAUUAUAUAAGAUUAACACAUUUUUGUUUGUUGCAAAAAAUACCUACAUUAUUAUUAUUAAAAUAUUAAUGAGUUUUUGGGUGUCAAAUCAGUCAUUAAUAAUCUGUGUUGGUUUGUAUUUAUCAGUCUAGUUAAGCAGAUUAUACAUACAUUUAAAUUCAUAAAAUUGUAGGUAGGUAUCAUAUUGUUUUAGUGUCAAUAUGUAGCAAAUGUAACAAUAGAGACCGCACAGACCAUGCAUAUCAAGAAAUGUUGGCACGUGAACAGUGUUUACUCAGGAAAUUGGCUCUUAAAGAACAAGAAAUCCAAGAUCAUUCUGUAAGUGUUUACACUUGGGUACCAUAAAUGCUAAAACUAUUAAAAAUAUAUAUAUAUAUAUAUGUUUAGCUUUUAUUAGUUUACCUAGUCAAUGCCAAAAUUAUUUCAAUUACAUUCUCUAAUUUAUUUUUAAUUUUUUUUGCCACCAUUCCUACUAUUUUUUGGAGUUGGUCACCCUUGUCCUAAACUUCCACUUGGCUCAAUCUCCCACCUCGCAUACUUUGACUGUCUUCAUAUCAUUUUCAAUUGCAUCCAAUUACCUUUUAUGGUCUUCUACACCUAUAUUAUCUUAUGUUUAUUUUCAUUACAAUUCUUACUGCUUUUGAUUCCUCUCUCCUUAUUACAUGCACAAACUAUAUUCACAGACCGUCUAUUUUCUCUUAUUUUGUCUACUAGUCUACCUCUUACCUUUAUGUAUUCAUUCCUGUCCUAUCUUCUCCUGUCACUCUACUUUUCCAUCUAAAUAUUCUCAUUCCAGAGCAAAGAUCUGAGGGUUGGUCUAACAAUUUGUUUACAACACAAACACAAUUAAAAUAUAAUAUAAUACAUUAAGUAUAUUAUUUUCUCAUACAAAAAUUGGAAAAAUAAUAUAUCUGGAGGGGCCUGGUCUAUCUACCGCUCAACACUCCUCACAUUAUAGUUUUGUCUACACUAUUGUAGAACUUACCUUUAAAUCUCCAAUUUACCCAACCAAACUUAAUCUUAUAUUUUACAUUCUUGUCAAAGACCAUUAUUUUGUACAAACCUAUGUUACUGCUUAUUGGUCAUAGUUUUCUUGUCUUUUUUCUCCAAACUCAUACUCUAUGUACUCUGUUUUAUUUCUAUUUAUCCUUAAUCUCUUCUCUUCAAUUGUUACUCUCCAUUCCUCAAGUCUAUUGCUAACUUCUGCAAUAUUAAGAACAAAUGUGAUAAUAAAUAUAUAUAAAUAAAUAAUAAAAGUUAAACAUCAGUAUAUUUUAUAUUAGUCUAGUUUUAAAAAUGGUAAAUCUAAAUAAAUUUGAUACAUUCAUUUCCAAAAAGUGAAUAUAUUGGCUAUAGUAGUAUUUGAUGGUUUACUGUUUUUAUUAAAUGUGAACUAUGUAUUUGAUAAUUUAAAAUUAAUGUUUUUAUGCCAUAUUCAUAAAAUAAUGGUUUUUUAAAUUUGUAUUCAAUAAUAAACUGUUUAUUUUUACUAUUAUGUAUAAUUUGUUUAUAAAAAUCACAAAAAAUAUUGGACCCAUUUUUAAAAUUGUAUUUUUUAUAGCUUUGUUAUGUUAUCGCAGUAAUUAUAGAUUAAAUAAUUUUCAUUUUUUAAAUUUUUUUAGAAAUAAUAAAAAACAUACUAUGUUAAAAGUCUGUAUAUUCUAUAUAUGUAAUAUGUACACCUUAUUGGAGAAUAUAGACAAAUCAGUUAAGCUGAAUUUUAAUAACGAUUGUUUGAAGGACAUUAUUCAUGUGGGGUGGCCAAGGGAUAUAACAAUGGGUCUUUUCAAUUUUCUCCACAUACAUUAUUAACUGUUCAAUACUAACUGUUCAAUGUUCAUGUAUGACACUUUGAGUCUUAUAUUAAAAUAAAGUUAUUGAAUUCAUAGUAAUAAGCUAAUAUGUAUAAAGCAUUAAUAAGUUACUAAAAAACAUAGAAACCCACCAACCUAAGAGACUGAAGUCCAGAAAACAUAUAAUAUGGGAAACUUGGUAUCCUCAAAUAAAUUAAUGUGCUAAUAGUUACCAAUUAGAAUGUAGUAUCAACAAUAAAAAUGUAGUACAUCGUUCUAUAACAAGCCACCUGUAUGUAAUCUACUACAGACAAAUUUCAAGUUACAAAAUAUGUUUUGUUUGGUUUUUGAUGUAAAUAUUUCACUGCAACUGUACGACCUAUAAAAAGCCAAAAUUAAUAUGCAAAUUGUUCCAGUAGUUUUUUUAAUUAGCUUUAAGAACUCAUUGUCUCUUUAUAUAAUAGUAAAGAUUUAAUGUUAGUUCAUUUGUUUAAAGUUAUCAUAAGCAAGAAAAUAUUUGUUUUUUUAAUAAAAAUAAAUUAUUAGCCAACAACAUUUAAUUGUGUGGGGGUGUAACUGGGAAGAAAUAUAAUUAUUUUUUAAAUUUUAUUUCAUUCAAUGUUGUGCAUGGACUAAGCUUAGAUCAUGUACUAGAUUCUACAUGACAAAUCUAAUUUGUUAUAAUAGAUGAAGCACAACCUAUAUUGCUUAUGUUAAUACACUUGGUAUCAUCUAUUUGCUUAGUAGCUGGCAUCUUUUUAUAUCAUUAAAAUCUUGUUUGGAUUUUAUUAUGAUUUACUGUUUUAAUCCCAUUUCAAUAAAUAAGUAUAACUGAAUAUUAUUUUAAUAUAAUAAUAAUAAUUCAGUAUAAUUUAUGAUUUUGAUUUAUUUAACUGCUGUAAUAAUUUAUCGAAUGGAGAUUUAACAAAAAUAGAAAAGCUGGUACACAAUUUUUAAUCAUAUUGAAAGCCUUAAGUAUGCUUCAACAUAAUGUAAUACUAACAGUGAAUCAAUAUUAAAGUAAUUGAAAAAUUAGGUUUUUUGAAAUUAUGACAUAUUUGAUAAAUAUUUUAAAUAUAUAUUGAAAAAAAAAAUACUUUUUGUCACCCUUAUUUUUGGGUUAAAGACCAUUAUAUCUACUUUUGAUUUUCAAGUGGCAACCUAUAUUAAAUAUUCCAUAAAUAGAUGGAGUAUUAUUUAAAAUAAAUUUGAGUGUUGAAAAUUUUUUUUUCUGUUAAGUCAUUGACAAGAUAUUCCACUUUUAAGUUUGGGUUGAGAGAGAAUGGUGGUGCAUUAUUAACAUGCUGUGCUCUGUAACACCACACAAAUGAUAUUCCACUACUCUCCUGUAACCCAAACUAUAAAGUGUAAUAUCUUGCCAAUGGCUUGAUAGAAAUCAAAAUUUUCAGCACUAAAAUUUAUUUUAACUAAUACUUCAUAUAUUUUUAGAAUUUUUAAUAAUAAUUUUAAAAUCAAAAGUAGAUAGUGGUUAUAGCCCCAAAAAUAACAUAAAUAUAAUAUUGUAGAACUACUUGUUUCUUAAAUGUUUUAGAUAACAAAUUCUGGAAAAAGUUAAUACUUUUCAAAAUAAUGAGUGUACCCUCUUAAAUUGAUCAUUUGGUUUAGUGAACUAUUAAUAGCUAAAUUAAGUUAUGAAAAUUGAGAGAUUCAUCAAAAAUCUAAGGUGGAAUCAGUAAUAACUUCAAUUCAAUAUAAUUUCGUUCUUCUUAUAAAAGACAGUGAACAGUAAUUGAACCCAACUUCAGAAUACUAUUAUUUUAUUUGUUGGUUCAAAGACACCUACAAAUGUAUAUUUGUAUCUUAAAUAUAAAAACUAUACUUUGUUUGUACCGCUUUGUUGAUUUAUUGUGAAAAUAAAAUAUAAAAUCCACUAUAACCUUACAUGUUUACUGAACAUAUAACUAGUAUAAUAAUAUUUGAAUGUUCUAUUUAAAAAAACAAGUGAAAAAUUUGAGAUUAUUAUUUUUAGGAACAAUUGUUAGUAAUGCAAAACUCUUUUAAAAAUGAAUCACUGUCUUCGUUAAAAUGUACAUUGCAAGAUCCAGCAGUAAAUAUUUUGAUUCAAAAACUUCGACAAGAAUUAAAUGUUACUAAAGCUAAAUUAGAAGAAACUCAAACUGAACUAAAUACCUGGAAAUUUACACCAGACAGGUGAGUUUGUGUGUAAUUUAAAUUCUUAAAAUUAAUUUUAAUUAAAUUAUAAACAUUGGCAGCAAUACUGGAAAAAGACUGAUGGCCAAAUGCCAUUUACUGUAUCAAGAGAAUGAAGAACUCGGUGAAAUAGUCAAUAGUGGUCGAAUUGCUAAGCUUGAAGGUGAACUAGCACUACAGAAAACCUUUGGAUUAGAAGUUAAAAAAUCACAAUCAGGUAAAGCUUGUUUUAAAUACUGUAUUUUAUUAUUAUUAUAUAUAUAUUAAUAUUUUAUCCAGAAUUGGAUCAAUUUUUACAAGACUUGGAUGAUGAUGUCGAAAGUAUGCAAAGUACAAUAUACUUUUUACAGAAUGAACUUUUAAAAUAUAAAACUUCUGAACAAACUACUAUUAAUUUUGAAAACAAAGAAAUUAUCUCAAAAGAAAGUGUUAAUAAUAAAGAUGAUAUUAUGACUUCAGAGUCAAUAUCAAAUACUGAAAUACCAACAAGCAGGGCCAAGCAAGACAGUAAUUUGUAUAAAAUGCAUAAUCCAGAAGAUUUAAAUUAUCCAAAUGAUGGCAUAAGUAAUCAUUCAACUGUAAAAGAAUUUAAAAUAUUCAGCGAAGAUAUGAAUCACAAUGGUAAUAGUAACAGAUUACAUACUUGCAAACAUAGAUCUGGUGAUAGUAUAAGUGGAGAAAUAUAUAAAAAGUCUGCAAAAAGACAUUGCAGCAAAGAUAAAUGUUGUUAUAAAAAAUCAAGAAGAUAUCAUAACCAAAGUCCAAACUAACAUUGAAGCAACUAAAAAAACCACAAAAUGUUCCAUAAACAAUUUAUACAUAUUAUUUGGUUUUAAUUUUACUUUUUGAAUUAUAUUUUUUAGUUUAUAUAAUAUUAUAUAGCUGAUUGAUUAUACAAUGAUUUAUCAAUGUUAUAGGUUUAUUUGUAUGUACUAUUUUGUUUUGAUGACAGUGGAUAAUUUAUUCAGUUUAAAUCAAAAAGUCAGAUUAAAUUUUAAGAAUUGUUUGAUUUUAAUUUUAAUAGAAAGAAUGUUUGAUUUAAUUUUAAAUACUCAGGACAGGUGUGCCAUCCUUGUAGAUAGGAAGUUUAGAAGAUAGGAUACACAAAGUUAUUUAAUUUAUGCCUGCAAGAUAAACCAUUACUAACAAUUAGAAGCUGAGUUCAGUUGGAUAUGUUUUGAAAGAUUAUAUUUCCUUUUGCCUCAACAUUUUGAUAGUAAAAUUUAUAAAAAAAAAAAAUAGGAUGGAUAAUGGGGAUGGUUGCAGCCACAGGUUAUAUGCAGAAAGUUGGGAAGUUGGGAAGGAAGGAUAUAUUUAAAAAUUUAAUAUAUAUCUAUACACGAUGAUAACAAAUUACUAAAGAAAAACAAUUUUGACAGAAAUUCAGUUAAUAAUAUUGCUUUUUCAAUAAUUUAAAUAUCAUUUAUGGUAAAAUAAUUACAAAUGCAAUAAACAUUUUCUUUAAUAAUAUUUGUUUAAUAUUAUACCUACUUUCCUAUUCUGCCAUUUAUUGGGAAAAUUGGAAAAAUUAAAAAAUACCUCUUUAAAGUACCUUUCCCGAUCCGAUUUUCUUUCAAAAAAAGAGCUAUCAUUGUAAGUUAAAGCAAAAUUGUCAGUAGAAAAGUUUUCUACAAAGAAAAAAAAACAUUGUCAAACCAAUGUAUUCAUUGCUCCCCUCAGAAUUUAAAACUACAUUACAUUCAACUUAUUUAUUUUGACCUCUAAGCAGAGACUGGUACCUUCUGGUUUUUACUGGUACUUAAUUAUUUUAUUUAGAGGUUCUGGCUCUGGUUCAGGUUUGCGAUCUACUAAUAGGUUUGGGUAGUAAAGGUGUACCUGGCAUUUCUUUUCUGUAUUUAUUCUCAUUGGUGCUUUUAGGAAAGCUUUUUUUCCUGAAAUAAACGAAAUAAGUUACAUAUGUAUUUACAUUUUAAAUAGGUACUUAAUAUAUUACCAUUGUUAAUCAAUUUAUUAAUGUCUGGAUACAAUUCCCGAAUUUUCUCUAGAACUCUAAAAACUGUGUGUGCCAUACAUUUAUAAUAUGAAUUAAUUUCGGGAAAAUAUUUUUAAUGUUUUUGCUACUAUGAUCAUAUAAGUACCAGGAUCAUUAAUAAAAAGUAAUACUUUUUGUUCAAUACCAGGAAAUAUUUUAACGAGGAGUUAAUUAAUUGACAAAUAGUUUCAUAAUUGGUGAAUUUUAUUUCUUUACAUGCAAAUAAAGUAAUGGUUUACUCGGAAUCCCAUCUAAUUUACCAAUUAAUAAAUUUGCAAAUUUGUCAAACCUAAAAAAAAAGUAUAUUUUAUUAUAUGAGAAAUUUAAAAAAAUGUUUAUAUAAACUUCUUGAAUCGGUUGUUUGAUCAAUUAUGUUAUCGUAAUUAUUUCCAAUAUCACUAAUUAUUUGGUCCAUAAUACUUUUAUAAAUAUUUGGUAUGUAAUUUUUUCUUAAAGUGCUUUCGUCCAAAAUUGAUUUGCCAAUAUAUUUUUCCAAAAAUGAUUUUAACACAUGAUUGCCCUGUUUUUGCAAUGGAAUAUUUGCAGGAACAAAUGCAUUAUAUGAAUCUUUAAAAAAUACAUUUUUACUAUUCAAAUAAUAGGCAUGUUUAACUUAGAAUUUAUACCUAUUAUAUAUCUAUAUAUAUAUAUUAUGUAAUUAUGUUUUAAU